AUGGUAAACGUUCCCAAAGUGCGUCGAACCUUCUGCACAGGUAAAUGUCGUAGGCAUACUGUUCACAAGGUGACUCAGUACAAGAAAGGAAAGGAGUCGUCGCUUGCUCAAGGUAAAUCCUGAUU